AUGAGAACAUUUAAAAAGAAAAAUCCUGUUCUUGUGAAAGUGGAGAGCUCUCCCAAUUCAAAAAAAGUUUCUCUUUUCAGUGAUAUCAACAGCGAUGAUGAGAAAAAAAGCAAAAAUCGGAGGAAGGCAAAUUCAAAUGAUUUAUUUUCGGAAAAUGUUUUUGAUGAAACCUUAGAAGCAUCCACAAAACGAAAACGACAUAGUUUAGAUUCUGUUGCUAAAAAGUCAACUUCAUCUUCAGGAAGUCAAUCACCAAUUUUCAAAACUCCAACAAAGAAAUCGCAAACGAAAAGUGCUUCUGUAACUCCAACAAAAACUUCAAAAUCUCCCAAGACGCCAGGAUCUUCAGGAAAGAAAAAACUAUCUGUGGAAGAUAACUUUUUUGAUGAUGAUUUAUUUGACGACGUUUUUGGUUUUUCAUCUUCAGAGGAUGAAGAUGGAGACAAAACACUAAAAUCUGCAAAAAAGCCAAAGCGUGCUUCAACGUCAAGCGCAUCACCAAGGCUUGACAGUAAAGAAAAAACCGUAAAAGAAAGCAUUUUAAAUUAUUUGGAGGGAUUGAAAUCAUCUCAUGUGGAUACACAACACUCAUGUGCUAGCUCAUUAGCUAAAAUGUUUUCUGAACAGUGCGACGACUUGGGAAUAUUUCUUCGUGCCCACUCCCUUGUAAAAAAAGUGGUUGACACGUUGUGUUUGGUUGUUGACUUUGGGACACAAAAGUUACUAUCCCUGACAGCAGCACAAAUUAUUGGCAUAUUACUGAAAGAUCCCUUGAAUGCAGAGUACAUCACUGAAAACUCGUUUAAAAUAUUGCAUGAAAUUAUUAAGCAACACCACGUUCUCAAAUGGCAACAAGUUUCACAUUUAGAAUCAAUCAAACGAACAAAACGCACUCGAAUUGCUGCUCUUAAAGCAGGUUCCCCAAGCAAAGCUCAAAAACAACAAUAUGAAGAAGAGGACGAGAAUAUGCAAGCUUUUGAAAAGACUACUAUCUCAUUGGCUCUUUCAGCUAUGGUUAAUAUUGUAAAUUAUGAACAUCAUUGUUUUGAUCUCAAAUAUCAUCAAGCUUCUAACAAGGAGGAAUUUUUGGAAAAGAAUAGACCUAACUUAUUGUUUAUCAAAACGAAUAGUGUGGAGACUGUUGAACGACUUGUACCAUGCUUUCUAGCCCUAAUAGAAAAAGAUAGAGAUGAUACUCUUGUUGGUGAUUUGUGUAAUUGCAUCAAAAUGCUUGAAAAGAAUGGCAUUGUCACCAAAUAUUCCACUGAUGCAAGCAAAAAUGCAGAGGCAUGGAAUUAUUUCCUUCCUGCUCUGAUUCGAGUUUUGAAUUGUCUCACACCUGUCAAUAAGCCAUCGUUGAGUGAGUUGAAAGAUGGACAUCCAGUUGUAGAAUGUGCGCUCGUUACUUUGCGAUUUCUAACAAAUAUUAGCAAUGGAAACGAACAAGUUUGUCAAAGAAUUGCUGAAGAAAAUGGUUUGUCAGGAAUUUGUGCCGUAUUGGCCUCAAGUUAUACUCAACAUUUCGACGUCAUUACUAUGUGUUUAGCUUUAUUAUCAAACAUGACAGAUAAAAGCUGGAAUAAUAGAGAACUUGUUAGAAACUUUAAACUCGAAUUUAGAGGAAAAUCCAAAAAACUAAUGAACUUUUUGAUCGAGUUAUUUAUUGAGUAUUACUCAAAGCAAGAUUACAACGAUGACAACAAUCAAGAUACUGAAAAUUGUGUCACAGUUUCUGAUCAAGACUCGCAAAACACUCCUGCUGUAGAGAUUGUUGAAAAGGUCAACACAGAAAAAAAAGAAAAGGAAAAUCAAGGACUAUCAGCAAGGAGUAACCUAAAACGUACGGAAGACAAUAUCAUUACGUCCUAUUUAGCAAUAUUGCUUGGCUGUCUUUGUAAGGAGCAUGAAGAAAACAAAGAGUAUAUUAUGAAGGAACUUCCUGAAAAAUCGUUUAUUUCACUCAUUAUUGCCCUGAAAGCAUUUGUGCUUUAUCAAUCAAAUGCAUCACUAUUGACCAAAGAUACCCUUGAUUCGAUCAAAUGUCUUUUGACAGAGUUAGGAGACAAGAAUAAUUCACAAAAUUCCGAUCACAACAAAGAGAUUGAAUAA